UAGUGAUUGCGCGUAGUGUUAUUGUUUUGUGGGAAAAAAUUGUGAAUCUUAACUAAAUUCGAUAUUAUUUCUUUAAAAUUUCCUUAUAGUUUUCUUCUUUGUUCAAGAAUUAUCAUUUUCUUUGUUGAAUAUGUCAUUCACAAGCGUGGCACUGUCUGUUCGUUUGACCCUUCAUCAUCGCGGCAACGGCUCCGUGAGGCUGCUGUGAAGUGAUUAGUAGAGGUUGUUUGCGUAUUUGCUACAGCGGACAGAGGCGCCACGUGUGGGCCUGCGUCCACCCGGGGGCGGGCGCGCUGCGCCGCCCCACAACUGCAUAUAUUCCUACCAAAUGGUUUAUUGACAACGGAAGAUGUUAAGCAUGAUGUAGAGGUGAACCCGCACAUCAUCGCUCCUGACCCCUUAGCAUCUGACGAUUGUUUCGAUGUCUUUCCACCGCCUGAUCUCUUCCUACUGACCACGACUGAGAAACUAAAAAUGAAUGCGGGUGACGACGAACCUUCGUCUGGUUUAAAUGGAAGACUGCGACCUCGGAAGUCCAAUCCUAGUCCAAAAAACAAAUCCCGAACCAAAUCAGAAGGCAGGAUCGCGUUGGACAAACCCAAAAGGGCUACCAACCCGUCCAAGGCGUCGCCAAACAAACAAGAUGAUCUCCCAAACAAGUCUGAUUUUACUCACACUCCGUAUUUUCUUUGCCCCUUUUGUGACAAGAAGUUCGCUUCAAAACAAACUCUUACAAAACAUAUUCAACGUAUGCAUUACUCGAAGCCCGACGCCUUUCUCAGAUGCUUAUUUUGUAACGAGUCCCAGGCCGAUUCUGGCAUCAUUCAACACAUGGUUGAUAACCAUCCUGAUCAAUACUUCGCUUGCCUAGAUUGUCGCACUCGGCUUCUCACUUCAUCGGAACUUGCCGAGCAUAAAGAAAAUGCUUGUGAAAAACUGAAGGUUUCGUACCGCACUAAACUUCGCCAAAAAGAACCACGUGGCAUCAAAAAAAUCAAGAAGUCACACCACAUUGAAGAAAAGGACGAUUUUAACAAAGACUCCCAAGAAGAGCAUGGCUUUAAUGGCGUUGUUAUAUCCUGUGAACUCAAGCCUUCAGAAGAUCAAGAUGGGGCGGACAUUGAAGAUAACAUUACAACGAAUUUAAUCUUACCACCCAACAAAAAUCUAGGAAAUAAUGCUAUCAUAAAAAAGAGCGCGGUCAUCGUCUUAGAUGAAUUGCAAUGGAACAAAAAAAUUCCUUCCAACUUUUCAUUCCAUAACACGGAUGCGGAUCAAAUAUUGUCCAGACUGGGUGUGGUGCACCGGUCGCCGAGAACAGGAGAAUCUACUAAAAAGGACUGGUUCAAGACUAUUGAUGACACUAAGUUUGAAAAAUGUUUCGAUACGAAGUUUUAUUCUCAAGUGGCAAGCAACGUUCAGGAAAAUCUCGCCAAAUUCUUGGAUGGUACUUGCAAUUUUAAUCCUGAUCCUGACAGCACGAUCAAAACACGAAAAUCCAAAAAUAACGCGGUCAUUAAUACUGCUGAAGGUUUUCCCAUACUUCUAGCUCGCGAGCAAUACUCCCGCAACGUUAACGAUGGGUACAUGCCUCGCGCAAUAGCACCAAAGCACAAAUGGAAAUGGGACAGUCCAGAGAGCGACAAGGGUCCAUUAAAUCCAGACCAGAUAAAGAGGGACUCCCAUACAAAUAAUUGCAUCAUUACACUUAUAUCGAGCUUGGAUAUAUGGACGCAACUGAGUAUGCGGCGAAAAUUUGAUAUCAUAUUUAACAGGGCGCCGAUUGAGAAAAAGACUGAAAAACAGAACAUCAUAAGCCAAGAAUUGAAGGAGAUCCUAGAGAGCAGAGAGAUCCCGAAGUCACCUCUGCAAAUUGUAAAGCGUACUGAUAAACCGGCAACGAUUACCUCUGCCCCGGAGUUUCCUGCUUGUUUGGGCCUGGCUCCAGCAGGGCCGACCUAUGACAUGCAGCCUGCACUUCUAAGCGGUGAAUGGGUGCGACCUCGAUGUUACGUAUGCUGUGCUUGUGGCGAACAAACUUCAGAGUCGAAGGGACUUUCGUCACACAUUUCCACUCAGCAUCCUAACGCCAAUGUACAAUACUACGAAAUAGUCGGUGAACCACUGUUGAAUGCUGACAUCUUGAAGCAUUUGUAUGUGCCACCGAGCCAGGUGUGCAAUAGAACUCGACCUCCAAGAGGAUUCAGGGAGUGCACAAAAUGCCAGAAGUCUGUAACUCUUGAAGACUUACAUCAGCACAUGCUCGAUUGUGCCGGAGACACGCCGGCCGUGCGCCGCCGCCAGUGCCGCUACCGACCUUUUGGCGUGCGCAGGCGCCGAACUAGGAUGCCCGAUAAUACCAUCCGCAAAAAAAUGCGCAAAGAUAUUAGAUCACAACAACGCAGACAAAAAUCUCAUAUGCGGCCUAGACCACGCCCAAGAACUGAAGUUGGAGAUGCUGAAACAAUUCGAAAAAUGUUAGCUGACUUACCAGCGAAGCGGCAUCGUGUUGUGGUGAAUCCCGUAAACAUGAUACAAAGACCACGGCGCAUAUUAGACAAAACAAGACCUAAAAUGAUAAUGAAGAAGAACUCACAAGGAGUUAAGAAUAUAAAACAGUGUGGUAAUAAAAGAAUUCUGUCCGACAGAAAAGCAAAGUCCGUUAGCACCGACACUGCUAAACAAAGUUCUAACUUCGAUGAUGACGAGGAUAAUAAACCGUUGAGACCGAAAUUAAAAUCUAUAAUAAACAAGACUCGUCAGCGCGAAACUAUUAAAAGGCAAUCUGUUGUAAAAAGGGCAAAAAGGAAAUCUAUUCGCGUAGAACAAAGAAAUGUGGAUAGUACAGACAAAGUUAUAGAGGGUUCGAGUGAGGCAAUGGAAAAUGCUUCUUUGGAUGAAACGCCUCACAGAAUUGAUGUUAAACGAGGAUCAUAUACUACUAGAGAUCACGGGAAUCGCAGUGCAUCCGGUGGUGGGAACCGUAGUGGAUCCAGCAAUGGAAACCGCAGUGGAUCCAACAAUGGGAACCGCAGUGCAUCCGGUAAUCGAGACGGACAAAGACCCAGCUGCAGUGGCACUAAUGGAAACGCAAAUAAUUCCUGCGCACCAGCACAAAACGUUCCGCUUAAGCAUUCCAUUGCGCGUUUGACUGCGAAUUCUGAGACUCACGACAAAUCUGUACAAUUUCAUCAUUCAUUCCUCGUACAACAGGAAUGCAAUAACACCGAUCAACAUGUUCCUGUUCCCACAGGCCAACACACUCUAUUUGAAAAUGAAGCUGUUGUCACGAGGUUGGAUAAACCACCUCUAAAUUUCUGCCAAAAAAGGUAUUUAGAUCUUAAUGCUCUGCAAAAGAAUAAAUUGAAUAAACCUCGGAAAGGGCUUAAUGAUUGCAUUGCAAUGCUCAAGAACAAGUUAGUUGAUCCGUUGCCUCAAGAUACACCGGGGCAUGUGUCGGUUCAGUGUGGCAAUGAUGAUCCGAUAGACCUGGAUCCCCGGCCUCUUAUUCAAGCCUCUAUACAUAAGGACGCUGCAGUUAACGUGGAUUUGCAACCCAGUUUAAUUCAUUCUACCCCUGUGCCGAGGACUUUAGUAGAGUUCCAUCCGGAUCCGGAAAAAAUAAAACUGCAGCCUGAGCAUGUUUUGGAAACUUUGCCCAAGGUUAAACAAACUGAAGUGGUUGGAAAACGUAAGUCUCCACGAGGAAAAUCUUACGAGCAUGAAAUGAUGCCACCUAAAACAAUUCCACUCGGCACCGAGCUUAACAUCAGUCGACAAAAACAAACAGAAACCUAUUUUUAUGGAAAAUCACCCGUAAAAACACGUUCCCGAAGUGAUACUCGACGCUCAAGCCAUGAUUCAAGGCAGCAAGUAAUGAUCCCACAAAAUGAUUUGAAUAAGCUGCUGCCAGCUGAUAUCGAAAUCAGUAGAAAAAAGUCAUCUAAAGUCGCACCUGAAACAAAGGUCGAUUGGCAGAAGGCUAGUGUGGUGUCUAAACAUUUAGAUAUUUAUCCGGAAAACGUGACACUUAAGAAUUUACCUGAAAAUCGACAAGAAAUAACGAAUCACCAUAUGAGGCAAGAUGUGAGACAUGAACAAGAUGUGAGACAUGAUAAUAUACAAGAUGUGAGACAUGAGAAGGUACAAGAAGUGAGGCGCGAAUUCAGACAGGAAGUGAGGCAUGAUAACAUACAAGCAGUUAGGCACGACGCCAGACGCGACGUGGGACAUGACACCCGACCAGAAGUCGGACGUGAUGUUACUCAAGAAGUGCUGCAUGAUAUCAGACAAGAAGUGAGGCAUGAUAUCAGACAGGAUAUUAGACAAGAAAUUGCACAAGAAAUUGAUUUAACCUCUCAAACGUCAUUGAAUAUCUAUCCGGGGAGUAAUAUGUUAGAUAUUCCUACUAAUAUACCUCCGGCCCAUGCAAGCACCAAUGUGGAGUCAAUCAUAUCUACUCCUUUAGAUUUGUCGAGCAAGGUAUUAAUACCCGGUCAUUCCAAAGGGUUUUCAUGUCAAGACGCUGCAUACAUGAAUUAUGAUAGUGGUGAAACAUUAGACUUGUCUAAUAAAACUUACGAUAACAAUUGUGUAUAUGACGAGUCUGAAGGUGAUGAUGUUAUUGUGGAUUUGAGUGUGAAACCGACACAAGCAAUGCCUCUUGAGUCAAGUACGCUAGAUUUGUGUGUAAAGUCCAACAACGGAAAUAUAUUGCCAGAUGUAUUCACAAAUUCGCAUAUAAGUGACAACUAUCCAACUGAUUUAUCUGUAAAGAGCAAAGAGACGGGUUUGUUACACAUAAUAGAUAGAAGAUCUAUCGACGCAUCCGUUAUUCAAGAUUUUUCGGUUUCUAAGACCUUUUACACCGAUGAUGUGCCCAAAAAUAUGUGUGCAAAUAAAGAAAAAAUACAUCCACCUGAUUUAUCUGGGCAAAUUAUGACACGCUCGGCUCCUCGUCUCGCAUCAGAUACAAAAGGAAACAAUUUUGUGGGGUCUGCUGAUUUAACUGACCCUGCAAUAAACAAAGCAGGAACCACACCAGGUGAUUUGUCUCACACAAUAACUGAAAGUACAGUUACACAAGAUAUGGUACGGCUUAAGGAUGUACCUAAUUUGACUCAGAAGGUUAGUGCAUUGCAGCAAGAAGCUGUGCAGGCAAAACCUAUGCUAAAUUUGACUCAAAGCGUAAGUGCUGUGCUACAAGGCGGUGUAGUGCAAAAACCUGCACCACAUUCGACUAAAACCCGAAAAGUCAGUGUACCACAGCUAGAUGUUGUGCAACCGAAUACUACACCAAACCUGAGUCAAAACGUAAGUGCUGUGCCAGAAGUUGGUGCACAACUAAAAUCUGCAACACAUUUGAGUCAAACUCUGAAAGUGUGUGCUCCGAAGCAAGACUCUGUACAGGCAAAAUCUGCACUAAAUUUGAUUCCUAAUGUGAGCGGUAUACUUUACGAUGGUGAACAAAAACCUGAACAGCAUUCGAUUCACCAAGGCUCGCAAGAUGAUACACGUCUGAAGUCAGCUACACAUUUACCUGGAAAGAUUAGCAUAACUCAACAAGACUUGGCACCGUUACAUUCUGCGCUACAUUUAACUUCUAAAGUAACCUCAAUGUAUAAAGACAAUGCGCAGCUAAAAUCUUCAUCACAAUCGACGUCCCUAUCAAGUACAGUAGAACACGAUGAUGCACAAGUGAAUCCGAUGCCUAGUUUGACUCAAAAAGUGAGCGCCAUAAAGCAAGAUGAUGCUCAAUUAAAAUCUGUGGGAAAUUUGAGUUCAAAAGUAGACCCUAAACAAGAUAAUGUAUCGAUUCAUCCUAUUUCAAAACUGACUCAAAAAGAAAAUGCUACGAAUAAAGAUGACGUACCGUUAAAAUUAACCCAACAUUUGAAUCAAAAAGAAAGCAUUGAUAACAGAGAAGAAAAGCAGAAAGUGAACGAUGCGCAACAAGAUGGCGCACAGUUGAAAUCUUCGGCAAAGGAAUGUGAUACAAAACCUGAUGAAAUAACAAACCAAGAUAAAACUGCCUCUGAAAGAUCGGCGCACACGCAGAAACCUGUAUAUGACCCUACAUUGAAGAUACCACAGUAUAAAAUUCGAUCGACGGAAUCAAUGUCAGAAGGGUUAAUUGGAGAUAGUGCAGACCCGGUAACGUUUAUCGAUAAAGCUGUUGCUAGCCCAAACAUAUCUCAAAACGCGUCGGUGAGACCACAUGACAAUUUGCCAUAUAUUUAUGGAAGUAAUACUGUACCCAUGCAUGCUUUUUCGAAUCGGGCAAUGACUGCAUCUUUGAGUAGAAUGGAAAGUACUACUCCAGUCUACACUUUAGCUAAAGCGUGUAUAACAGUAACGAAAAUUGAGUCUUCAAGUUCAGCCACACUAACCAAUACUCUUUUAAGUAUUCCGGGAUCUACGAUUGCGAGUACUACGCCGGUUUACACUCUUACAGGAACAACAAUUGGUGCACCUGCCAAAAUUGGUGCUAUUCAUGAAACCGAAAUGCAUAAUACAUCCGUGAGUUACAAUUAUUUACCAACCGGUGCAUCGAGUGAUCCUAACAGAACAGAUAAUGAAAGCGGUUUUAUUAAUCCAAUCAAAGAGGUACACAAUGAUCCUACUAGUAAUCAUUGCUCCAAAGUAGACGAAGACCCAGAAACAGCUCGUAAAAUUGCUAUGCUGCCAAAAGAGCUCGUCGAUAUCUUAGGCAACAUGCCAGUAGACCACAGAAAUCAAUUGUUGAAUGUAUUACCGCAGUAUGUUUCAUCCACUGCAGCUUCCACUUCGUCAUAUGAUGCGGCACGGUCCCUAGCUAAAUCAACAACGCCGCUGCUAAUAAGCGUUGAAUCGCCAUCUAGUGGUGAAGAAGUUGUCAUAAAUGACAAGAUGUCAGGAUUAUCUGCUCAUCAAAAUAUACCGGAUAUAUUACAUGUUUCAUCCGCUCCUUCUACACUUCAAAAUUUACACAAUGACAUUUCUGUUGCGUCUGUACAGAAAUCGCAUAUUUAUAAAGAAGAACCAAUUAAUAUCGAUUCGGAAAAUAAUAAACAACCAUCAUGUGAUGUAAUUACUGACCGGGAUAAUAUUCCUGAAGGACUAAAAUAUCAAGAUCGAAUUAUUGACUUGACUGGUGAUGAAACAUUGCCUGGAGUAAUUGCGAAAGUAACUGAUGUACCUCCGACGAAAACAUACCAAGAAACACCAGCAUGUCCAAAACUGGAAAUACAAAAGAAUAAAAGAAACAAUGACAAAACUGCUAGUUUAAGAGCAGUUCGUAUUAAAGCUCCAGCUGAAAGGCAAAAGGAAAGUCAAAUGCUGAAACGAGCUUCUAUAGAUCAGAAAUCUUCGCAAGUCGUAUUAAAGUCUAAUGACGAUGAAGUCAAUAAGCUGUUAGAAGUUACCAAAUCCGUACAAGAUCAUGUGGUCGGUCAAAUUGCUGAUAUCAUUGACAGCCAAGAUGAUAAAAAAGAUUUAGUGCAAGCUACUGACGUUAAAACUACAACAGCCAUGGAAAAGUGUGCAAUGGUGGUAAUAACUUGCCCUAAAGGCACUGAUGCGGAUUCUGGAGAGAGUAUUACUCCUCCUGAUUUGAUUAAAAAUAAUACAACAGCACCUGAAUCAGCCAUGAGCCCCACUUUCGCGCCUGGCUUAGUUACUCUAAAGUCUAACUUGUUGAGUGAAAAUACUGGUAGCAAAGCGCUCGCAAACACUGAGAGUACUAUCGAUGUGCCCAAGAUUUUAAUUCCUGAUAUUGAAACUACGUCGCCUACGGAGAAAUCUAUUUUACCCCAAGAGCUUGAACCAAAAGCUAUCACUGAAGACUCAUUCAAACAAGACGUGAUUGCCAAGGAAGAAAUUGUUGCCAUACACGAUGAAGAAGACUCUGAAGAUGAUAUAAUACUGGCAGCGAUAGCUAAACAAAAGAAAAAUAAGCGAAGACCGUGUGCGACUGUAAAUAUACCAGCAAAGAAGAAAAAGAAAGAAAAGAAGUCAAAGAAACUGGGUAAAAAAGAACGGGUAAAUAAAAAAAUCGAUGCCAAAGAAGAAUCUUCUAAUAAAAUGAAGGCUGGAGACCCAAUAGUUGAAGUUAUAAAACUUGCCAAAUCUCAGUCGGGCGAAGACGAAAAUUUAAAUUUCACUACAUUUGACAACAAUAAUUCGCGUAGAUCGGAGAAAAAUGAAGUGGAAUGUAAUGUUGUAGAAGAAAAUAUACAAGAAAGAUCUAUACAUAUAGACUUUGACAAAAACAAGGAAAAUAGUAUAAAAGUAAGUCAUAAUACAUCAAAACAACAAGUCGAUGAAAAAUCAUCUCAAGAAGACAUGACAAUGAAAUCACUUGAAGAAGAUAAACAAAAGAUUGUGAUCUCUGAAGCAGAAAGUGAUCAUUUAUCAGCGCAAGGAACUGAAAACAAAAAUUCAGACAUACCUAAAAUAAAUCCUAACGAAAUAGAAAUGUCUACGUUAGUGCAGGAACAAAAAGAUUGCGUGUAUAAUAAAUCAAAAAAUUUGAAGAGUAAAAAGACCAGACAAAAAGCAAAAUCAAGACAAAGAAAAAAACAAAGCGAAGUUUUAAUUCCCUUAACGGAUAAAAAUGCUAUGAACCAAGAUGAAUCAUUCUGUGAAGAAGCUAUCAAAAAGGAUGAAAAUAACCUAAGCGAAAAUUCAACUGUGCAUAAAAAUACCAAUAUAAAUAUGCACACCACCGAUGAUUCCAAAGAUUUAAAGGAAGAAGUUCAAAAUUAUAAGGAACAAAAUGAAAACGAAAAUUUAGAUCCUGUUGAAGCUAUAAUAAAAUUGGAUUGCACCAAGGCAACUGUAAAAAAUCUGUUAUUCACAAAUAUUGAUAAAAAUCUCGUGGGCAGCGAUUUACCAACCGUUAUUGAAACUGACGUAAACCUUAGUGUACCUUUGAGACGUAGUCGGCGUGGGAAGUCUCUCUUUGUGGAUAGUAAUGUAACUGAGCAAAUAAUUUCAAAUACCGAGAGUACCGAUUACAGAGGUCCGUUGACUAAAAAACAACUGAUCUUUUCUAAGUUGUUGCUGGAUGAAGAAAAUCACACCAAAAUUUCAAAGCAAGCUCCAGAAAAAGAAGUAACUGAUGUGAUAGUUGAUUUUGACGCUCGAACUGUUGAAGACAGUGGCAGUGGAAUAACAGGAGAAGAUACUUACACUGACCAAGCUGCGGUGGAGCCGUGCAAACUUCUCAAGAGGAAAAAAUCACCACAAUCAAAAAGAAAAUGCAAGAAGAAGAAGUCUGUGGAAAUACCGGAUAUCCUUAACGAUGAUUCUCAAACGGAUACUAAAACUCCGGCCGACAAUUCUGCAGAAACGCAAACAAAAUGUAUGGAUCAGUUAAAUGUGAUAGAAAAGCAGCAGCCAGAAUUUGACGAUUUACUGAAAGAAGACCAAAACGUUGCUAAGUCCAGUGACAGCGUCGAUGAUGUUUCUCAUAUAAUCGAAUCCGACAACACCACAUCAGCCAUUAAUGAGAAAGCUGAAGAGGAAGUCCCUGAAACUAAUAAUUCAAUUAACAAAUCAGAAAAUUCUAUAGAAAAGCGGAAGAUAACCCAUAUGACUAACGAUGUUGAAGAUGGUCAAUAUUCCAAACCUAAAAAGGCUAAAUUUAACAAAAGUCUUGAAACUAUAACAUCCGACUCGCAAGACAAUGUCGAAAUAAAUACAAGCCAAGCACCCAUUAAUCCGAUUGAAUCAGAAGUGCGGCUAACGCCAGAAACACGAUCCGUUGCUUGCUAUAAUUUGCCCGUUGCAGCGAGAAGGACUAGAUCGAAGUCGGUUGUUGUUAAAUCAUCCAGUGCUCAGUUUUACGAUCCUUACGAUAUAGACAUGGAUGAUAUGAUUGAAAAUUCAGAACCUCUUAAAAAGCCUGAAUCAAAAACUAAAGCAGGUAAAUCCAAAUCUAGAUAUUUUUCGAAGAUAUCCGACUUAAAGACUUCAGGAAUUAUUGAUCCUGUGGCUAAUGUAGACAACACAGAUACAUCAGAAAAAAAUAAGAAGAAAACGAAAAAGAAUAAACAAGAUACAAUUGAAAAAGGAAUGCCUGGGAGCCUACAAUUAAAGUCUGUUGGUAAAAAAGCUGCAAAAGCACUUAUUAAAGAUCCUGUUGACACGAAGAUAAAAUAUGUAAGUGAUUCUGAUGAGUCAUCCAAAAGCGACGUGCCGUUGAAAAAGUAUGUUGAUGAUAAAGUAAAGAAGAAGACUGACAUUGAGAAUACUCAAGCCGCAGAAAAAGAAAUAUCUGAUGAUCGUAUUAAAAGAAAUAAGGGUAAGCAGAUUAAAAAGAAAAAACGUACUACAGUUGUCAACAAUGAUGAUAAGAGUUUAGAUGCUUCCCAUGAAAGCGAAGAGCAACUGCGCUCAGAACAGUUCAUGGAAAGCUUCGGAUUCUUUUCAGAAAGGAAGCCACGUAAAUCUAAUCUACUAGCAUCUAAAAAAAUAUCUGAGACGUUCCACAUCAUAGCCAAUGACAGUGAUGAUAUGUACUAUCCAUCAAAGGAACGGACAAGCAAAAGAACCCACACUGAUAAUAAAAAAUCAAUAGCUGAAGAUAGUUCUUCACAUUCUCCAGCUAAAAGGACUUUUAAACGUGGGCAGAAAAAAAAAGAAGAUAAAGUACCUGUGAAACCAUUACCACGCUAUUGUAGCUCAUGUAAAAAAGAAUUUAAACGGCCAGAUAACUAUGUCCGUCACCAAUUAACUUUAAUGCACAUAGCAAGAUUAUCAGAAAUAGAAUUACAAGGUGGCAUUAUCCCUGAUUAUGAUGAAGAACCAAGUUAUGUAAUAGAGCGUAGGAAAAAAAUACGUCGACGUAUGAAGAAGAACAAGAAGCGAAAUAAGAAUCAACCGAAAAAUGAGCAACCAUCAUUACUGUCUUUGGAUGAUAUUUUGGAAGUAGUAGAUAGAAGUACAAGACCGCAACAGUUAGCAGGACUGAGCCGGGAUGAGGCUUUGUUUGUUGAUUGUUGCGAGUUAUUGAAAGAAUCGCGUAAUCGCUAUGUACAAAACAAGAUAAUAUUUCCGGAAUCAGAUCCAGUAUUCAAUCAAUUAAAUCAUUUUGCUAUUACAACUUGUUGUCACAGGCUAUAUACACAACCAUCGCCUAUUCCAGAUUUUGACUUUUUUGAUAACAUAGAGAAGACGGAUAAAAGUGACGGGGAUGUAGAUUCAAUUACGGCUAAAAACAUUUUAGAAAGCGAGGAAGUUCGAAAUCUUGAAAAUGAUCUAAUUUCAGGGCUUCAAGAGGCUGCAAACAGCAAUAAUAAAGCGCUUUGUACUAUUGUGGAGCCGCACGAAAUAUGUUCAGCAAAUUUUUCAAGCUCUAGUUUUGCGGAGCCUCAGCUGCCAGAGAAGACGAAUGAAAAGAUAAAUGAAAAUAUAAACGAGAAGACAAAUGAGAAUACAAAUGAGGAUCCUGUUGAACAGGAGACGCUUAUAGAACAGGAAGAAAAUAAGGUUAAAAAAUAUCCAGAAGUUAAAGAGAAAAUGUAUCCUGAUAUCGAGGAGUUUGAUAUGUUUGAAGAUAAAUUUGAUAAAAUAAAGCGGAAAUGUAGAUCUCAAGCGGCAGCAGCUAAACAAGCACAGGCAGUGAUCAAAGCAGCUACAGGGCACAGGCAAAAGAAGUCUGAGAAGAAAAAAGGAAAAAAGAUCUCAAAAAAGAACUACCAAAACACGGUUUUGACGAAAGGAGCCUUGAAAGGCUUCGACGGUAUAAAGGUGUCAAUACCAACUUCUGAUAUAAACAUGUCCGCUAUCGUUCCAUCUCAAGAAAAUUCUCCAAAAAAGAAAAAGAAAACAACAUCUAAGAAGAAGAGAGAGAAGAAAUAUUCUGAAACAAGCAGUAAGUACGAUAGCGACCACCGCUUAAAGGAUAGCUCGUCCCAGAAGAAAGUUGACGUGUACGAAUUUAUGGACAACGAAGACGCAGAGCUGUUUGAAUUUAGACCGUCAACGUUAAUGGAGCGUUUCAAAAGUAUCAGCAACAAAGAUACACCUGGUACUUCGAAAGAUAAACAUCAAUCGAGAGCAGAAGAACGCGAGCAAUCAUGUGGCAGCGUGUCAGACGGCGACGACUUCGUGUACAUGUCUGACGAUUACGUGUGCAGCGAGGAUGAGACUGAAAACAGCAUGCUCUCAUGUGAGUUGGGCAACGGGAAAACCGACCUCAAGAAAACAUCACUAAAACGAAAGGACGUCAUCGAAAAGAAUGCAGUUAUGGGAAAAAUAUUUAAACACAAUGCUGUGAGAAGCGAGAAAAAGAUUACAAAGCUUAAAGAGACUGUGAAACCCAAGGCCAAUCUAGAUCAGUUAUUUGACAGUUUAUUAGAAGAUGAACCCAACUCGUCAAUGCUCAAUAAGGACUCUGAUUCAUCCAAACGAGAAGAAUUUCAAUCUGAGGACGACGCGUUGUCUAAGUACGAAACAUCCAAGUCAUACGACCUGGACUCGCCUAAUAUUGAUGUUUCUAAAGAUGAUAGACAAAUUAUACCGACGUCUCCUGAAAGAUAUAGUACACCUAUACCAAGUUUGACCACCAAAAAAGUCGAUUCGGAUUAUAAAUCGAUGACAAGUAAAUAUGACAUUCUUAAUAGAUAUGAUUAUCCAUCUACAUCAAAAACAGAUUUAUGUGACUUUUACGGUCCGAGCACAUCGAAAAUGGCUGAUGAGAUGAUGGCAAGAGAAUAUAGAAGUAAUAAGAGACUUGAUAGUUCAUUUUCUAAAAACCGUGAUACUUCUCCACAGUAUUAUUCAUUGUCAAUAGAUGACCACGAAAUAUCUGAGCGGAAAGAAAAGUCAUCUGUGAAAAAAUCUGAGGAAUCGUACGACUUCACUGCUGAGUUCGAGGACGAUGCAGGUGUCGCAAGGCAGAGGGCGCGUCGGAAAUGCACAGUAGGAAAGCAAAACGUUCUGGCGGAGACGUGGAGCUCUGAAUCCGAGCCGGACGGCGCACCAGCGCGCUGCACUAGCGCGGAGUCAAUAGCGGCAGGCGCUGGCCGUAAAAAGAAGGGUAAAAAACGAGAAGGUCAGCAGUCUUUUGGGAGACGAGGUAAAGCAUCUUUCAAGAAGCAAGAAAUUGAAAGCAGGGUAAGUUUCGGCAGUCGGCAUACGUCUGGUAGUAGCCGAGGCGGCAGCGGUGUUCAGGAGAGUAGCGGGCGUGUCAGCCCGGCGGAGGCGGGUCCGUCGGGCAUGUCACACGGCGGCGCGGGCGGGAGCGGAGUGCCGAUGCCCGCGCUGCACGUGCUGGCGCCGCGCGUGCGCCGCACCGCCGCCUCCUUCUGGACGUCGGAGAGCGAGGACAAGCCGGACAAACAGCCGCAGCACGGCUGGAUCGUCGGCCCCAGCCACAAGAAGCUGGUCACCAUGCUGGCGCACGCCAAGGGCCGCAAGCGAAAUAAUGACGACGAACGUCAUCUCAUUGAGUAAUAUAGCUUUUUAGGAUAUAAUAAUCUUGUAAAUAUAUUGUAAAUAAUAUUUUAGCUCUUUAUAAAUGUCAUAAUUUCUUGACAUUUUGACCAGAAACCCUUUUUAAGCUAAAAUUUAAUUGAGUUGAGUUGUGUAAAUACUGUAUAUCUUUUAUAGAUUUUAUUUAGUUAAAUUGAUGUACCGUGAGGUCAGAAUUUAUUUAAUUGAUGUUAAACGGCCCUUGCAGUAUAUUAGCUAAAAUUUAUGAUAUUUUGCAGAAUCCCCUAAUAUUCGGCAGAAAUAUUUUUAAAUGUAGGGGGACGACAUUUGCCUUUAUUUAUUUUAAGUUGGAGCUUUAGUUGAAGUACUGUAAACCUCAUAACAUUAUUUUACAAGGCAACUGCAAUUUAUAUUUUCCCCGAUAUUUACCUUUAAUAACACGUAAUUCCAAAUUUAAUUAGAAAUGAAAUUUUUUUUGUUGUCUAUCACUUUAUGCGAUUAUUUCCAAUUUACUACAGUGUCGUAUUAUAUGUCUAUUAAUAUAAAUUAAAAGUACAUAAAGAAUCGUAAUCAAGAUGAAGUAAUGUUUAAUGUAUGAAUGUGCUAUACAAAUUCUUCAACACUACAUAAAAAAAAUCUGUAAACUUAAGAGGCUGUAGUCACCUGUAUCACCUGUAUCGCACGACGGGAACUAGUCGCACGACAGUACUGUCACCCUGUGUCCCUGUAUGUCAACACAAUCCCUUAUAUUAAAUUCGAGGACGGUUUUAUGUUAUAUAAUAAUAUUGUUUAACUAGCAUAAUAUAGCCGGAUUCUACUGUAGUCUGCGGAAGUAUUUUUAUUUGGAAAUUGAUUAAAAUCGAUUCAGGGCUGAGUAAGUUUAUAUUGUAGAUUCCGGAUGGGGCUGAUAACGUGGUGUGGGUGAUUUUGUGUUCUUGGAGUUGGUUGAUUUGUUAACUAUUUUUAUACACUUAGAUAUUUUUUUGAAUAGUCAGUAAUAACAUGAAAUCUCAUGCAUUAGUUAUUGCUUUUUUCUAGUCCAGUAAAGGAAAGACUAUAACCUCAUUAUCAGCCUCGUUGAUUGUGAUUUCCAUAUUGAAAGAAGACUUAUUUUUUGUUCAUCGCGUACGCAAGUAAGUUUAUGUCUCAAGCUUGUGUGCAUUGACUUGUGUUUAAAUAAAUGGUAAUCAAGUUUAAAAGAAUAUUUGAAUAAAGCUCAAUGUUGAAA